AUGGAAAACCUUUUUACAAUAAAUAUAAACCCAGAUGAAAAUGUUCGCUUAAAUACAAAUGUAGAAUGCAACGAGUUUGGGAAUGUUAGAGAUGAUGUGGAGGACAUGGUAAUUGAUCAAGAUGAGGAAUAUAACAAAAACAACAGUAGAAAUAUGCAUAGCAGUAUGAAUAACAGCUUCAACAAUAACAUAGACAGUGAAGAAAAUACAAUAAUAAACCUGGAAAUGAAAGCAAUAAGAACAAGCGAUAAUUUUGAUUUACUAGGCGAAUUAAGUGAAAAUCAAAUCAAGGAUUAUGAUAAUGUGAGAAAGAAAAUUCGUGUCCAUAUUUUGAAAAAUUUUAAAAGAGAUAAUAUUUUAAUUGAUAGUCCCGAAAAUCAUGAACAUGAUUCUUUUAAUGAACAAAAUCUGGAUAAAAAUGAAAAUAUUAUAUUAAAAUUAAGAAAAGAUAAAAUUUAUCGUAUAGUAUCAUAUGCUUCACAGGAAAGAAAUAAAAAAGUCAGGCAAAAUGAAGCAAGCAGUAGAUAUUAUUAUGACCCAAAUGUGGUUUCUGAAAAUGGGGGUAUAGGUACUUAUGACAAUUUUAUGGAUGUAAUUUUGGGAAAGGAAUUGUCACAAAAGGGAGAAAAAUAUAAUCAAAAAGUUCAAGAUGGUGAGUGUGCUAUUGGUAAAGAAUAUGAAGAAAUCAUUUCGAGUAAUGAAGAUGAUAAUGACAAUUUAUCCAAUCAAACAAGUAACAAAGAAACAGAAGAAGAUAAAAACAAACAUACAGAUACAGAGGAAAAAAUUAAAGAGUGCAUCCAACAAAGGGACAUGCUAAAAGAUACAGGGAACGGUUGUGCUGAAACUGGUGCAGACGAUUCAAGGCUAGAUCAUGUAGUGAAUGAGUUUGAGGAAAAAACAAAAACUUGGCUUAUAAAAUUUUCAGAUAUUAAUUCAGAAAAUAUGUUUUUCCAUUUUUACUUUUUAACUGAAUUAUAUAAAGAAAAAAGGUAUGUAUGUCAAAAUUGUGGAUCCAAUGAUUGUGAUAGAGAACCUAAAACGAAACAUGUUUGUAAAAAUACUUAUUGUUUCAUAUGCAAUAAGCACGUUACCUAUCAUGUAUGUCACAACACAAGGAUACAAUAUACGACAUUCAAACCCAAUGUAAAUAAUGUUUUAAGGGAGUUAAAAUAUAUUCAUUCUCCAUAUAGAAGUUUAUCUUGUUUAAAUUGUUUUUCAAAUGAUCAUUUUAAAUGUGGAAAUCCUCCUUACAUUUAUGCAAAAUAUACACACAAUGCUAGAAGGGAAUACAACAGGAAUUUAGAUCCCUCUUAUUUUGUUUAUUUGAAAAAUCCUCUAAAUAUAUGGGGUAUAUAUGACACCAAAACGAAUGAACAAAAAUAUAGCAGUAACAAUGAUAAGGAUACCUUGCCAAAUGUGAAUUUGCAGCCCGCUGAAAUUAGCAGCAGAGGUGGAAAUAUAAGACGCAGCGAAAAUGGCCAAGUCAUAUGCAUGAAGGAACGGGGUGAUAGUACCUUCUACAACCUCCACAAAAAUAGAGGAAACAUUAGCAAUACCUUCAACGUGCACGGGACAGAAGAAGAUGAUGAAUAUUUAAGAAAUGAACAUGAUGACAAAAGUAAUAAUAACAUCAAUAACAAUAGUAACAAUAAUAAUAAGAGCUUCAAACGCAAGGUAAUCCUCACAAAAUACGCAUCUAACGACAAUACACAAAGUCAUAAACAGAAACGAAAUUUUGAUACAUACAAUUUAGAAAAUGAAUAUAACUAUCACACGAAUAAUAAAAGGUAUAAAAUUGAAGCCGCUCAUAACAGUAAUUAUUAUGAUUAUAAAAAUAAACUUCAUAUAGGGAAUAAUAAUCUUGAGAACAAAACUGAUUUCAUUGAUCGAGGUGGAAGAUAUAACAAUAUAAAUAAAGUGAAUGAUCAAAAUAGCAAUAGACAAUAUUACAAUAAGGAUAUACAUAUUACUAACAGCAGUAACAACGAUUAUUUCAAUCACGAAGAUAGAAAUUAUGAUAAUAGAAACUACCAUAAUAAGAAUAAAAGUAGCCACUAUAACAAAAAUAAAGAUAUGAAUGCGAGUACGAGAGGAAACAAUAAUAUGCAAGUAUAUAGUGUCAGACCAGGUCUAUACAAAUGUUCGAAUGUCUCAAGUGAUCAUCUUAAUAAUUCCAUUAUAAAAUCAAAUGUUAAUAUUAAUAUCAAUAAAAACAAUUUCCACAAUAUUUACGAUAGACAUUCAAAUAAACCUAAUCAUGCAAGUAAAGAUAAUCAUACAAAUACUCAUGAUUAUACAAAUACUCAUGAUUAUGCGAAUACUCAUAAUAUUGCAAAUACUCACGAUCAUAACUUUUCAAGCAGCUCAAAGCGCAGCAAUGCCAAACGUAAUCGUGAAAGUUACAACAGUUAUAGCGCUUACGUAGUUCACCACAAGCCCAAUAAACACAACAGUAAGAAUAACAAUGACAAUGGUAAUAAAAGAGGGAAUAGCUUGUAUAAAAAUACAUAUAAGAACCUGAAUCAUGGCAAAGGUAGCUACAACAACAACCGUUAA